GGUCGGCUGCUGGAAGUCGACCUUCCGCCUCUGCUGCCGUUUAGCUCGCGGAGUCGGGACCACCUGUCUGUCAGUCGGCUGCGAGAUUCCGAAGUACGAGAAAAUUAUCUUCAAAAUGAGUUCAACCGAAAUGAAGUCUACCGAUGAGGGCUUUAAUUUUUCUGCGGAAACUUUUGGAGAAUUCCUGCCUCAAGUGCUUACCCUGGUUGCUGCCUUCCUCUCCUCUGAAGAUAACACUGAGCUAACACGCGAGGCAGUGGACAUGGCUUCGAAAUUGCUUUCUCUGGAUCUGUCUUUGCAGCCGUCCUAUGAACUCACUUCAGGCUGGCUCAGUCUCCUCUCUGGCGGUGGUCUGUGGUCCCUUAGUUACUUGACUAUACCAGUAAUUCUCACCGGUAUCGUCUGGUACUUCAUUGUCACAUUCCUCCUCCAGAAGAACGUAUUUGGCAGGAGCUUUGGAUCACCCGCAAGAAUGGAAAGCCAAGCGGAAUACAUGGAUGAUUUAACGGCGAAAGUAAAUGAGGCUAUAGACCACCCUCGGUAGUUUAUAGCACCAAAAUGAGCAAGAGGAACGGAGUUGUGACAGAUGUAGAAAAGGUACGAACGAGAAUGAGCAUUUUAGCUCAGCAAGAUAGUAAUCAAAUUUCCGAUACUGCAUCUUCAUCAGAAAGUGAUGCUGCAAUGUUCAUUACAUCUUGCAUUUUAAAUGAUUUAUUCUCCUUCAUACACCUCCUGCUAGCCGGUACCAAGGUUAUGAGCCUGAGUACCCUGUUCCAAUGAUGCUGAUGGUAUACAGGUGUUGGUAUUAUGAUGAGAAAGAUAAUACAGGGUAAUAAGCUGAUGUUAUCUGUGUUUAUAGAAUCAAAGUCUAUGUAAAACCAAUUAUUAAUGUUUAUAACAUUCAUGUAAAUAUAACAUUAACUGAUGUU